AUGCGUUUUCCGAUACUCCUUAUCACUCCAUUCUUUACGCUGAUAGUAGCCUCAAACGACCCGUUUAACAAUCUAUCUGUUCAGUCUCUACAGAGCGGUGAUACGACCAUCAAUACCAGAGAUGCCGAAAUCGACAAGACAUGUAGACGCUUACGUACGUUGACACAGCUCAACAGGAUCGCACAUAACGAGACCCUCAUGGACAUGAUGAUCAUGCGCGACAAGUUCGCUCAACCACGCAUCGACUGGAUCAAAAGCAACAGUGACGACAUCACUGCCAAACUCGACAAGCUGACAUCCAACUCAACUCUCACUGCCGAAUGCAACACCAUCAAUGCGCAGCGCGAGACAGCUCGUCAAUGCAAAGCAUUGGAGAUAUUGGAAAGGCUGGUAAACUCAACGAAUGGCCAGCCCGGUACCAAUCCAGGUCCUGCAGCGGAUUUUCUCAGCGAUGAGCAGAAUCAGAAAUUACAGCAAAAGUUCGAGAAAGCGGAACUCAAGCUGCAGCAACUCAGGAGUAAUACUACAUUGAUGGGUCUCUGUAGCAAUGACGUCGUAUCGCAGCAGAAUGGCGCCAUUGGAAGUCGUGAGCAUUUUUCUACAGUGCGAAACCGAAAUGUACUGACUUACAUACAGAAGUGGUUGACAACAGCGGCGCCAUCAGCAUGA